AUGAACUCAGCUAUAGGGCUGAAGGGUGACUGGAAGAAGGCAAUGCAGCUGUCUGACACCUUGCAACGAUCCGGGAUCGAGUCCACAGUUGAGACCCACGGGAGCAUCCUUACAUCACUGGAGUGGUCCCAUGCCAUGGAGCAUUUGAGCGCGAUGUUGCAGAGCUCCCUAAGAGCUACUGACGUGUCUUGUGGCGCGGCCAUGAGGACUUGUAAGGCUCCAUGGCGCCUUUGCUGCUUUCUGCUGCAGUGGGUGCCUGAUGACAGAUACUGCCAUAGCUAUGCCAUGAGUGCUUGCGCCCUUCAAGAAGUUCCAGGAGGACUCCUGAGGCGAUGA